CAACAAAACACUACUUUCACCGGUUGAGCUGCCGUCGGUCCGCCGAUGCCAAAACGUCCGCCGUGAUUCGUUGGAGCACCGUACACGUGUCAAAAAUGUGGCGGAUACCGGAAAAUGAAAAUUCUGAUCAGAGUAUAUCAGAGGAUGAUGAUAUGAAUGGAGAUUUUUUAGAAGAUCAUGUUUCAUUAGGAAAUCCAGCUGAAAAAAAGGGUGAAGUUCAAAUUCUUUCUCAACUUGAUUUGCUCAGAGAUGCUAAUGAAGGCAUUUAUGAAGGAGAUCGAACUAGUUUGUUUCAGAAGAGACACACAGAUAUCUAUGCCGAAGAUGAUGUUGAAUUACCAAUUUUCGCCAACAAUGAAGAAUUCACAUACAACCCAGGGAAAGUUAUCGCAUGCAAUUCAGAUGAUGAAAUUAUCAUCUCUGACACAGAGGGCUGUAAUUAUCAGAAAACCAGGCCUUCUAGCUUUGGAGGAAGUACAAAAGAUGGAGUUUGCACUUGGCUUGCCGUAAAUGCAGAUGCACUGAUAAAUGUGAACGAUAAUGCUGAUUGCACAUUGUUCCGUUCUGUGUCUGCCAAAGCUAAGAGGUCAGAUAAAGGUGGACCUGCCAAGGCUAAGCGCAAAUUCUCCAUAAGGACAAAGCCACCUGUCGACAAGUUAGUUAAUGAUAUGAGUUGUGUGAAUGAAUGUGAUCCAUCAAUCAAGGGAAAAGAGACGGACGAGUUAGAAAAUUGUUUGAUACCGGCCGAAUUUCCAGCUUCACAUGCUCAUACAACGACUUCAAUGGCAGAACUCCUUGUCCGUGUUCAGAAUGAACAUGACCUACCAGAAGGAAGCACUAUAAAGUACAACAUAACGGAAGAGGCCCCCGAACAACUUGCUGUUAGAAGAAUAUCAUCAAUGUAUCCUAGUGAUAUAGAUGAUGAUCCGGACUGUUUGGCCAGUGAUUCAUCAGAAGAAGACGAGUACAAUCAUCAGGUACAAGAGCUUAUCAUACCAGAUCCUAAACAGAAGUCUAUAGCUGAUCAAUUUCAGGACGCCUUGGGUGCUGCUUCUACACACGCAGAGGGAUACAUGCAAGCAUUACCUAAACACACAGGUUUUGGUUUAUUUGGAAAGUUGCAGCACAUAAUGCAGAGCGAGAAGGACAGAGAUUCAUACUUUCUGAAUAAGUUACAGAAAGAAGAUGAGGGAAGCUAUUUUGAUGUCAAGAUACGGUCCAAGUCUCUGGAAGCAAAGUUGACUGUAUGUUCAUGUUCUUACAUUGAAAACUGUCAGAGUUCAACAAGAAUGGAUAACCCUCUAAAUAUGUUAAAAAGGAAGAUAUUUUCCAUCAUCUUUAACCCGAGAAUAUGUAGUGAUGUAGAGUUUGAUGUUGGGACACUGGUUCGUAUCCAUCAUCCUUGGAAAGAAGUAUAUGUAGAGGGACAGGAAGAGCGUAUCAUUUUAUCGACAUACUUCUCCCAGAUAUGAGCAAUACACAGAGCACGCAGAAGAUUUUCCAUGUUAUUGUUGUAUCUCUAGUCUUCUUUAGAACCAGGUUUAGAUUGAAAGGCAAAUCUUUCUUGAAUCAGAUCCGCACACACAUACACACACACACACAAACACACACAUGUAGUCAUGACCAAAGCUUGAGUUCGGUCUUUAGGAGAAUAGGCUCACAUACUAAGAACAUAUAGCACGAGAUACGUAGAAAACUGUAUUGCUUGGUAUGGUAAAAAUCUUGUUAAUCUAAUGGAAAUCUUUUGCAAAA